AAAAAACCAACCCGGACGUCAUCUCUGUCAAAAACACAAACAAAAAUGACAAAAUUAUGAUCAAACUGAUUUGGUGUCUAGCGUCAUUUUUUAGCAGUAUCAUACUUUUUUUGCUUCUUAUUUCUAUGAAAAUAAUCGAUCUAUCAACAUUGGAACAUAGCAAACUAUCCGACAAUGUUAGUCUCAGAUUCUGGGGUAGCUGGAGCUAACGGGGCGAACGAGAUUCUGAUCAAAGUCGUCAGCCCUGAGGGUCAAACGUUCUCGGCCUAUUUCCCGGAAGAGACCCUGAUCGAAGAGGUCAAAAAUCGAGCCAUCGACUUCUUUUACCCGACAGGAGAAACUGGGGCAAGUAGGUACAAAAUUGUCCGCGUUUUUGACACGACGACUCUUCACGAUUUUUUGACUUUGUCUCAAGAACAAGUGAUGAUGCAAGAGGAACUGUUGCUUGUUGAAAGGCGGUUGCCAGAGGCUGGGACGUUGUGGGACCUUGGCGCAGUUCGGGCGCCUCAGCAUGGGACCAUUGCCGCCGCAACAGCGUCUCUUCCACUCCCACAAAACGCAAUACGCCAACCAAAUCUCCAGUCUUUGCUAUCAACCAACGAAUUAUCUUACGAAUUGAGGAAAAUACUCAUCUCUCUAAUCGAAGCUGGUGCCCGGCUUGCAGCGUCAGGUCAUAAUUACGAAAUGACGUUAGCCCAAUUGACAGCGGCCUUAGAAGAGCCACGCAGACCUCAACCGGCCGUCAUUCAAGUAAUAACUCCGGAAGAAAUUACCGCCAGACUCAAUCUGACCAUGGAAAUACAAUCGAACGAUGAGCCUGAUUCGAAUAAGGCAGAUGGGGAUGACUUGUACCGUCGUGCUGAGCAUUUGCAAAGAUUUCUGGAAAGAUUCCGAGAGUGGAGGAAUAAGAUAGCCGAUCCACCGAACCCUGAGUCCAUUGGCGCGUUGCGUGAUCUAGGAUUCUCUUACGAAGAUGCUGAUAAGGCGUUACGUUACACAGGAUGUAACGUACCUGCAGCAGCAUCCUAUCUCAUAGGGGAAAGGGGAUCGAGUAUAUUUGAGCUGGUUAACGGAUUACCGGAUGGUUUAAUCCUGCAAACAUUAUUAAAACAGCCGCAAAUUCAAAGAGGGUUGUUGAAUACGAGAAUGUUAAUUGCCUUCAUAGCUAUGGUCGGGCAAACGGGGAGUGCGUCCUUAUGGCUGAAUUCUCCUCAUGGGAGUCCGUUGCUGUCCCAAAUAUCGAGGACUUACCACUCUGAGAAGUAUUGCCUCGCGGUGAACCAGUUUUCUGAUGAGAGGACUCAACAUACCGUGUCUGCGCCUUCGACGUCGCGGCAGAGGAAUUGAUUUGAUAAUGAU